UAAUAAAAGUAGGGCUGAGUGUCGGUAUUGAUGUGGGUAACUCCAGCAGUAAGAUCGGUGCUGCCCGAUCGCGUGGUGUAGACGUUUUGGCAAACGAAGUGUCAAAUCGUCAAACACCUUCUUUGGUCUCAUUCGGACAAAAGAGUCGUGCUCUUGGUGAAUCAGCAGCCACAAUGCAAACAUCAAACUUCAAAAAUACAAUCGGAUCACUAAAACGUUUGGUCGGACGAACACUACAAGAUAAAGAUAUUCAAGAAGUUGAAAAGAAGUUCAUCAAUGCUGAAUUGGUUGACGCUCAAGGUGAAGUCGGUGUCAAGGUUCGUUUCGGUGAUGAACAACAAGUCUUCUCUGCAACUCAAUUGAUGGGAAUGUACUUGGGUAAAUUGCGUGACACUGCUUCAAAAGAGUUGGGAGGAUCAGGUGUUAGCGAUGUAGUCAUUUCCGUUCCAAGCUGGUUCACAGAUGCACAAAGACGUGCUAUGCUUGAUGCAGCAGAUGUUGCAGGCUUGAACCCAUUGCGUCUCAUGAACGACACAACAGCAUCAGCAUUGCAAUACGGUAUCACAAAGACUGACUUGCCAGAAGCAGAGGACCCACGUCACGUUGUCAUUUGCGAUUUCGGUCACUCCAGUUACCAAGUUGCCAUUGUUGCUUUCGCAAAAGGUCAAUUGACUGUUUUGGGAUCUGCAGCUGAUCGUCACUUUGGUGGUCGUGACUUCGACCGUGCUUUGCUCCACCACUUUGCUGAGGAAUUCAAGGGCAAGUACAAGAUUGAUGUCAUGUCUAGUCCUAAGGCUAUCUUCCGAUUGGCAACCGGGUGUGAACGUUUGAAGAAGGUCUUGUCUGCCAACGCUGUCGCACCUUUGAACGUUGAGAGUCUCAUGGAAGACAUUGAUGCUGUUUCUCAACUAAAACGUGAAGAAUUCGAAGAAUUGAUCAAGCCUCUGCUCGACCGGGUCGACGUUCCUUUGAAGGCCGCUUUGGAACAGUCCGGUUUGACCAAAGAACAGAUUCACAGCAUCGAAUUGGUCGGUGGAAGCAGUCGUGUUCCAGCAUUGAAAGAGCGUGUGCAAAACUACUUCGGAAAGCCUCUCUCUUUCACCUCCAACCAAGACGAAGCCGUCGCCCGUGGAUGUACUUUGGCUUGUGCCAUCCUUUCACCCGUCUUCCGCGUUCGUGAAUUCCAAGUUCACGACUCCAACAUGUACCCUAUCAAGGUCACAUGGGACAAAGUACCUGAUGUUGAUGAAGACACUCAAUUGGAAGUGUUCAAGCAAAACAACCCCAUUCCGUCUACCAAGAUUUUGACAUUCUACCGCAAAGAGCCCUUUGCAAUCGAAGCACACUACGCAAAUCCCGAAGAGCUUCCCGCAGGUAUCAACCCAUGGAUUGGAAGAUUCCAAAUCAAGGGUGUUACCCCCAACGCUGAGGGAGAUCACUCCAUCGUCAAGAUCAAGGCUCGCCUCAACUUGCACGGUGUUCUCAACUUCGAGAGCGCUUACGUUGUUGAAGAAGUAGAGAAGGAAGAGGAAGUCCCAGUCGACCCUUCCGCCAUGCAAACUGAUGGCGAAGCACCAAAGACUGAGAAGAAGAUCGUCAAGAAGAUGCAAAGAAAGGGUGACUUGCCAGUCGUUGCCGGUAUCAAUGCACGCGAUGCCAGCAUCGUUGCCGAAUACAAAGACAAAGAAGGACAAAUGGCAGCUAAUGACAAAUUGGUUCUCGACACAGAAGACCGCAAGAACGCAUUGGAAGAGUUCAUCUACGACCAACGCAGCAAAUUGGACGAAAGAUACCGUGCUUACGCAACAUCAGCCGAGAAAGAGAAGUACUUGGCUGCAUUGAACGAACAAGAAGAAUGGUUAUACUCUGAAGAGGGAGAAGAUGCAAAGAAGUCUGAUUACGUUUCCAGAUUAGAGAGUCUACAGAAAUUGGGAAGCCCAAUCAGCUCCCGCUGGCGCGAAAAUGAAGACCGCCCCAAGGCAGCAAGCGCUUUGCGUGACACCAUUGCUAUGUUCAACGAAGCUGUUCAAGGUGGUGAUGCCAAGUACGAUCACUUGACAGAUGAUGACAAGAUGAAGGUUUUGGAAAAGUGUGCCACUGUUGAAAAAUGGUUGAGCGAUAACUUGAUUCGCGUUCAAGAACAACCAAAGGACGUUAACCCAAAGAUUACUGUUGCUGAUAUGAACAAGAACCGUGAUGAUGUUUUGUUCACAUGCAACCCAAUCGUUAACAAGCCAAAGCCUCGUGCACCACCCGCUCCUACCAACACAGAAGCACCAAAGAAGGACCAAGCUCCUCCUAAAGAAGAAGAGCAAAAAGAGGAAGGACCCGGAGAGAUGGAUGUCGAUUAAAUAUUCAUGUGAAAUACGCUGAGAUAUCCACUCCUUUUUCCGAUAUACAAAAUUACCUGUGUAAGCCAUAUAUACUUCAAUACAGAUAGAUGGGUUUCCGAUAUGUUGCAUCAUUGCCUCGAUAAUCCAAUCCGAUUUCCAAAAUCUCAGAC